UCGUAACACUGGCCAAUUUACCAUUUAACUUUGUUGAUAUAAUCAAAUUAUAAUAUUCAAUAUAAGUUUGCCGGUAUUUUUUUUUUACCUCUUAUCUGAUCAACCGUAGCAGAAUUUGUAUUUCCUAUCUUUUUUUUUGAUCGAGUACAUGCGCAAUGCAACCUCUGGAGCUCCAUAUCUGUGAUGAAUUGUGAAACACAAAAUUGUGGGAGGAAGAUAAAUUAAGUUCUGACUGAAUUCCAAAGGUUUCCUGACCAAGACAGGAGUACAGAGGCAGAUCCUCUAUAAUGAGAUCAUUGCUUAUCACACUUAUCACACUUAUCACGCUUUGUAGGUUCUGUAGGCAUUAUUGUUGGUGCAGUGUGUGGAUCAGUUGCUGCACUGGCUGUUGCUGGAUUAUUAGUGUGGUGGGCGUGCAGGAAAAGGAGGCGCAACAGACAAUGCACUGAAGAGGUGGCGAUGAGCGGAAGAUCAUUUGGAAAUUCAAGCAAUGAGACAAGGGGAAAUACAAAUAUUGCAGUCAAAUUGCCUAAACCUUCUGAAAGCCAUUACAUGGCACUGGAUGAUAGAACUCGUUCACAAGUGACGGUAGAUACCAGUCCACUCAGCAGUGAACAAAUCAGCGAGUAUGCCUCUCUUAAUCAAUACACACUUUCCUGGGAGAUUGCUAGAGAAAAUGUGACGGUGAGGCAGAUAGUUGGAAAAGGUGCUUUUGGGCAGGUCGCCAAGGCAACAGUCGUUAAGCUACAAGGAAGAGCCAAGAAGACACUCGUAGCUGUUAAAAUGUUGAAAGAAAACGCUUCUGAAUCAGAGAAAAAGGAUUUGUUAUCUGAACUUGAAUUAAUGAAACAACUCAAACCUCAUCCUCACGUCAUCAAACUUCUUGGAUGCGUCACCAAAUCUGGUAAAUAA